AUGCUCGCAAAGGAUUACAAAAUGGCACCAUCGUGGGAACCAAACUCAAGCUCUGCCGGGGCCAAGGCUGCUCUGCUGGCCAGCGCUUCAGCAAAGAAACAGUCCACCACCAACACGACCCCUCCUCCAUCUGCCACUGAGUCUUGGGGAAGCAGCGCUGCGAACCAGGCAUUUAAACAAAGCCGCUCAGUCAGACAGCCCACCCAGACACCCUCUACCGCCGCCGGCCUUGGCUCUCUUUCAGCAGCCCAGAAUGCCAUGCCUGUGUCCAGGAGGACGAGGCCACGAGCUAAAUCGACCCCCGUGCCAAAGGAAUCCUAUCCCGGAGAAUCACGAGCUGCUGCAAACGCUUUGAGUGCCGCCACAGCAGCUCACAGCCCUUCUUUGAAGCCAAAGUCCCCCACUGAGAACACUGGCUCAGUUCCGUACACAAACCUGCCUCGGAGUAUGUUCACCUCUAAGCCCGCUAUCGGACCUGAGGAAGAUGAGAAGAAAAGAGCCGACGUCCUCCACGCCUCUGCGGUGGCCAUGGCGAAAAAGAUGUACAGCCAACAGCAAAGAAUGGUCGACCAGGCACGAGUCCACCAAGCUGCAGGCGAGACCAGCCCCGACGGCACUCAACACAAACCCUAUGUCAACCUCCAGGAAGCGGCAUACAAGCUAGCGCAAGAACGUUUGUCUAAACUUCAUGUGGAGCAUCACCAGAACCGGGACUACCAGGAAUACUACGGCAGCAAUGCCCAGACCACACCUCAGCGGAGGUUUACUAUGAAGGGUAAGCUCAGACGGCGAUCCUCAAGCGAUGGCGACGCAAGCCACGACAAGGAACAAUCUGAGCGCAUUCGAAGAGAAAUGUCCAUAUUCUCCUCCAACUUGACCAAGGUCGAUGAGCAAAAGCGGACAAAGGAUCGCGAGGCCCUACUAGCAGCCGCCCAACGCAACGUCAAGGCCCGCCUACAGGGCAUGGACGACAAGAUCUCAGCCGAGACCGGUAUGGUGGCGCCCAGCUCAAAGAGCGAUCGGAAGAGUGACUGGGAAGCCAAGGCCCAGAUGGCUGCCAUGGCCAAGCACGAGUCUGCCAACGUGAAUAGGGGUAAGGUAGACAUUGGCGGUGGCAUGUUUAUGGAUCCUGCGGCAGUCGACGAGAUUGCCACGAGGAGAGUCCAGCCCGUUCUUGACGAGAUCAAUGAGAAGGCUGCCAUCGAGCGGGAACGGCAAGAGGUGCUCAAGGCGGAGGCAGAAGCCAAAAAGAGGGACGAAGAGAAGCGCAAGGAGCGUGACAGGGAGGUUAAGGAGAUCAACCGCAAGGUCAUUGCGCAAGAGAAGCAGGAAGAAAAGGAGAAGCGCCAUCGUGAGAAGCUUGAGCUCAAGGCCAAGAAGGAAGAGGAAAAGGCUGUCAAGGCCGAGGAGAAGCGCAAGUCCAAGGUCCCCGAGAUCACGCCGGGCGACUCGGCCGUCGCAGCAGAGCCUAGCGAAAUCUCACCCGUGAGCGACGAUCAGGGCACCACUCGCGCAGGCCAGCACAAGCCCGGGGCCAUCAAUACAAACAGAGAAAGUUCCGGCAGCGAUAACCCUCGCUCACCCAGCGACAGCGGCUCGCCGACGAACAAGAUGAAAACUUGGCUCAAGUCGCGCUUCGGACGACCGCGGGGCCGGUCUGCGGCCGGGGAGAGUGCCGAGGAGCGCGGCUUCAUCGGCGGUGUUGCGCUUACGAGACUCGCCAGCGAGAGUGCGACCAGUCUCGGUGAUGCGCGGUCGGCCAGCAUGAGAGAAGUCGCCAUCGCCGGCAAGAGUAGCGACGCGACGCCCAGGUCGGCAGCGGCACAGGAAGGUGAGGUGAGCCCCGUGAGCUCUGAUACCGAGUCGGAGCACUUUGUCGAGGCGAGCGAUGAGCUCGAUGGCCCAGUCUCGCCGCCGGCUGCUAUUCGCGAUCCGAAUACGCAAAAGACGCACAGCCCGACGAGGGAUUCGCGGUUCCGAGAGAAUCUGGAAUAG